UCGUCAUCAGUGUGCGACAGAAACGGGUGAGAGGUGUUUGUGUGUCAGUCGGCCGUGCAGUGAUUCUCCGUCAGCAUGAUGAGUGCCGUGUGUAGAUGCGCGCAGCUCGGACAGCGGCUCGUGGCCUGCGGCGUCACGCGCCUCCAGCAGCGACGAGCCUUCAGGACUCACGCCAGACAGCUCGCGUUCGCCAAGGAUCUGUUCCUGGGUCAGGUUAACAAGGCUGAGGUGUUUCCUUAUCCAGAAAUUGGAAACGAGGAGCUGGAGGAGCUCAAGCAGCUUGUUGCUCCGGUGGAGAAGUUCUUCAGUGAGGAUGUGGACUCAGCAAAGAUUGACCAGGAAGCCGCCAUCCCUCCAGAGACGCUGAAUGGGCUCAAGGAGCUCGGGCUGUUUGGGAUCAUGAUUCCUGAGGAGUACGGGGGUCUCGGCUUGUCCAACACCGUGUACGCUCGUCUGGCAGAGAUCAUCUCAUUAGACGGCUCCAUCGCUGUGACUCUGGCUGCACAUCAAGCCAUUGGGCUGAAGGGGAUUCUGAUCGCAGGGAAUGAAGCCCAGAAACAGAAGUAUCUGCCCAGACUGGCCUCAGGAGAACACAUCGCUGCCUUCUGUCUGACGGAGCCUGGGAGUGGAAGUGAUGCAGCCUCCAUUCAAACCCGAGCAACCCUGUCACAAGACGGUAAACAUUACCUGCUCAACGGCUCCAAGAUUUGGAUUUCAAAUGGAAGCACUGCAGACAUUAUGACGGUGUUUGCCAGAACAGAAGUGACUGAAGAUGGUGAGAAGAAAGAUAAGAUCACAGCCUUCAUCGUGGAAAGAGCGUUUGGUGGCGUCACCAGUGGAAAGCCUGAGGACAAACUGGGCAUCAGGGGCUCCAACACGUCGGAGUUGUCCUUUGACAACGUCCCAGUGCCGCUGGAGAACGUAAUAGGAGACGUAGGGGGUGGAUUUAAGAUCGCCAUGAACAUCCUGAACUCAGGGAGGUUCAGCAUGGGCAGCUCCUCGGCCGGAAUGAUCAAAAAGCUGAUAGAGAUGACCUCCGAGUACGCUGCCACCAGGAAGCAGUUCAACAGAAGCCUGAGUGAGUUCGGGAUGAUCCAGGAGAAGUUUGCAGUGAUGGCCCUCAACGCCUUUGUGAUGGAGAGCAUGGCGUACCUGACGGCGGGGAUGAUGGACCGGCCCGGCGUCCCAGACUGCUCCGUGGAGGCCGCCAUGGUCAAGGUGUUCAGCUCGGAGGGAGCCUGGAUCUGUGUCAGUGAAGCUCUUCAAGUGCUCGGAGGUCUGGGUUACACCAAGAACUACCCGUACGAGCGCUACGUCAGGGACUGCCGCAUCCUGCCCAUCUUUGAGGGGACCAAUGAAAUCCUGAGGAUGUACAUCGCCCUUACUGGGAUGCAGCAUGCCGGCAAAGUCCUUACAGGGAAAAUCAAGGAGAUGAAGAGAGGAAACGUGGGUCUUGCUUUGGGAAUAGUGGGCAAGAAACUGAGGCGCUCCUUCGGAGCCGCGGUGGACCUGGGGCUGACGGGAAUGGACGGAGUAGUGCAUCCCAGCUUGGCGGAAAGUGCAAAGAAGCUGGAGCAGAAUGUGGUUCUCUUCGGCUCGACCGUGGAGAGUCUGCUGUACCGAUACGGGAAGACCAUUGUGGAUGAGCAGCUGAUCCUGAAGAGAGUAGCAGAUGUGCUGAUCAACCUGUACGCCAUGACGGCGGUCCUGUCCAGAGCCAGUCGCUCCAUCAGCAUCGGCCUCAGGAACCAUGACCAUGAGGUGCUGCUCGCAAACACCUUCUGCUCCGACGCCUUCUUCAAGAACAAUUACAUGAUGACUCAGUUGCAAAAACACUCUCCUGAGAACAAUGACGCUGACAUCAAGAAGAUCGCUAGGGAGGUCCUGGAGAAGCGCGCCUACAUCUGCUCUCACCCUCUUGAAAGAACAUUUUGAGCCGAGUCCUGACUCUCGAUGGGCCAUUUGGUCACUGCCAGUGAUUUAGUGUUGGUUUGACAUUCUUUUAACUUCAGCUAAAUAAAUCAGACAGCGGGCUCAUGUCAGCUUCAAAUAUAAGCACUGUUUCUGGAUACGUACAGAUGGUUUUUACAAGGUUCCAGCCAACGUGCUCUAACAUCAGUCCCUAUUUUACCGCCUGUUUUGCAGGAAGUGCAGCCCCAUCAGGUUGCCCCCUACUGAGGGGAGCUGCAGGUGCUCCUCUCCUGGUCUGUCGGGGGCCGAGCGCUCCUCUUGUACAGGAAGCAGUGCUGCUGACUGGAUAUGAAGCGAGACAAGCUGUUAAUAAUGUCAUGUUUUGUAGUCUUACUUGCUAAUAAAGCUACGAUGGACUGA